CAACAACAACAACAUCAACACCAACAACAACAACAACAACAACAAUAGGUGUGGAUCCCAUUCUUGCGCGACAAGCUGCGGGUAGGCCCCGACACCGUUCUGGUGGGGCAUUCCAGCGGGGCCGAGGCGGCAAUGCGGUUCGCCGAGGAGCACCCCGUGGGGGGCCUUGUCCUUGUAUCGGCCUGCCACACCGACUUGGGCGACCGGGGAGAGCGCGCCAGUGGCUACUACCCUCCAUCUGGCGGACCGUGGCAGUGGGAGAAGAUCCGAAAGAACACUGGUUGGAUCAUUCAAUUCCACUCCCGGGACGAUCCUCUGGUGCCCGUGGAGGAAGGGCGCACCGUUGCCGCAGAGCUGCAGAGCGAGUAUCACGAGCUGGAUGGGCGCAGCCAUUUCUUUGACCCCUUCGACGAGCUAAUAACGGUUUUGUCGGCAAGGAUGAACGGGUAGGUCUCGGACUCAUGAUUGGAGCAUUGCCGGCUCUGAGCCCUUAGAUUGGCGCGCUUCAGUGCAGCAGCAGCAGCACUCGGCUGAAGUGUCGAUCGCAUGGCAAUGGCUAGCCACGCGCGGCUGACAAAAGUGCUACUCGAUGGCGUGGAAGGGCGAGGAUUUCUCUCCAAAGGUGCCUACCUCGGCAAUGCCACCUGUCCCAGCGAGCACGGCAAUCGGGCAUGUGGCUUGUUCUGCGUACGUAUACGUAGGCUUGUGCGCGGGAGCGCGCGCGGUACAUUCAAGCACGCACUCACUCGCCCAUGUGUCAGCAUUCGAACGCAGACCUAUCUGAAUCGCAUGCGCCCAAUAGUGCCUUGUGCACCCAGACAGCUUUUUGGUGGCCGACGCCAUCAUGUACAUUGGCGUACCGUUUUGCAGUCGCGCGCAGGCUUGAUGGGAA